ACGUGUGGGCGUCAUGACGUAAUUACUUUGCGUGGCCGCAUGUUGAUGGCCUCCGACGACUGAACAUAACUUUCCACAGUAUCCCGAUGUCAAUGAGAGUGUGUUCCCUGCAUCUUCAUUCUGGAAAACCAGCAAAUGAAAUGUACAACUCUCAUCCGGAUUGGGCACCAUCACUACACCUGGGCUACACUGAGAUGAAGGCCACAAAGACGGCUCGCUGUGAGAGACAGCAAAACAGAAAACGCCAAAGGACUGACAGCACACCUGCGAUGGAUGAGACAGUUAUUGAUGACCUUUUUCCACCAGCGGAGACACCGGCACCAGCAGAGGAUGGAGCUGACCAGACGCCGCUGACAGAAUGUGACUCCUGUCAGCGGCGGCGUGCUGAAAUCAACCGGCUGCUGGAGGAGAACAGGACCCUGAAACGUGAGCUGGGCCAGAGAAAAAUGGACGAAGGUUUCCUGAAGGAUGACGACGUCAAAGUGAAAUACUACACUGGACUUCCACACCUUGAAGUUGUCAUGGGUGUUCUAGCCUGUGUUGGGCCGUACAUGACACAGAGGAGUAAAGUGUUGUCACCUUUCCAGAUGCUUUUCCUGACCCUAAUGCGCCUUAGAUUAAACUUGCCCAUACAGCACGUUGCCCACCUCUUUUUUGUGGACAGAAAAACUGUUUCCAAAACGUUCAGGGACACCAUAAAUGUUCUGCAUGCACGCACCAGCCCUUUGAUUAACUGGCCAGGGCGAGACGCGCUGCGUGCGACGAUGCCCCAUCAGUUUGUGGAGGCCUUUGGGAAGCGUGUUGCUGUUGUUCUGGACUGUUUAGAAAUAUCUAUACAGAGACCAUCAAGUCGUAAAGCUCAAGCUCGGUCAUAUUCCCACUACAAACACAACGCGACUAUGAAGUUCCUCGUUGGUAUUACAACACAGGGCUCGAUUUGUUUCAUCUCCAAGGGGUGGGGGGGACGCGUCAGUGAUGAGCACGUAACCGAUAACUGUGGGAUUCUGGACAAACUGUCGCCUGGGGAUUUGGUGUUGGCUGACCGCGGCUUUGACGUACAGGACAGCGUGGGACUUAUGUGCGCCGAAGUAAAGAUCCCAGCUCUCACAAAAGGACGCUGUCAGCUGGAUGCAAGAGACGUGGAGGGCACAAGAAAAAUCGCCCACCUCCGAAUUCAUGUGGGACGGGUGAUCGGAACCGUCCGCAACAAGUACGCCAUUUUGUCAGCUGAAGCACCUUUUCACAUGGUGUUGCCAUGCAAGGAUGAAGACAUGACAUUUCUUGAUAAGAUUGUGUCUGUGUGUUGUGUUCUGACUAACAUGAGCCCUGGUGUUGUGCUGUAGUAAAUGUGCAUCUGGUUUCUCCUUUAUCAUUAUUGAUUAGCUUUAAAAUUGGUUUCAACAACUUCAUUCUGCUGUUUCUGCAGUACUGUAUUAAAACAAAGAAUGUUGAUCAAUAUUGAAUUGACAAUUUAUUUGUACUGACAAUAUGCUCUAAGCUAACAUCUAACAAGUAAGUGGUUUUCAGCCAUGAGUGUCUCUUGCAAGUGGUGUCAGACAAUCAGAUGUUUUUCAGUGUUUAUUUGCAAGUAGUGCAACUUGAGAACACAGUGCAGUGCAGUUGGAAUGCUUGAAUGUAAAAGGUUACAAAUAAAAAAUGGACGCAUA